UGAAAUGGACCGUAAAAAUAACCCUAAUAUGAGAGCCGUACCCAUUUAGGCCCUCAAGAUUGUAAACACUCAAAGUAGGUCAACGCGAAAGCACCAUGUGCGAGGGUGAGGAGGUUCAAUGACGCGUGGUUGUUGGUACUUGUGGAAAUAUCAUAUACACUUAAAAGAAACGCAGUUAAUCGUAGAGUAGUCUGGAUACAAACUCAUCACUAUAUUUUUGGCAAAUGGGACUAUGUUUUGAAAUAUAUAUUCAAUGGUGCAAAUCACUUGUUGUGUAUAUCCUUAAAUUCCUACGUACGUGGUUGUUCAUGGUUGUCACCCUCAAACUCACGGGAACCAGUUCCAGCUGGAUCAUAGUUAGCAGGUAUAUAAAUAUGCUUGCACGUCAACACGACUGAUAUACUUGGUUGGUAACAGUCGCUCGGUCAGUGUGUGAAGGUGGCUAUAGUCUACAGAAGAUAUAACCUGAUACUUUCAUGAUGUCAGUCGCUGUUGAACCCAUUCCAUUGACUGACCCCUCGGAAUAUCGACCCGAGAAAAAGGAAAGUAAUUUCAGAGAUUUUCAGAUUCACUCCGUCCCCGAAAGAGUAUACUUGACUUACCGCGAAAUGCACACAAAACAGACACUUGAAUAUGCUAAAAACCGCCUCGAGAGCUGGACAAAAUUCAACCAUGCAGAGAUGACUAUCAUGGAAGCGAUCGAGGCUCUCAACGGACUGGUCGACGAGAGCGAUCCCGAUGUUGACUUUCCAAAUUCGCUCCACGCCUUUCAGACAGCCGAGGCAAUUCGAUCAAAGCACCCGACCAACGAAUGGUUCCAGGUGAUUGGGUUGAUUCACGACCUCGGCAAGAUGAUGGCUCUCUGGGGGGAACCCCAGUGGGCAGUGGUUGGGGACACCUUUCCCGUUGGAUGUUUACCGGACGAGUCCAUCGUGUUUGGGUUGGAAAGUUUCAGCGAAAAUCCAGACUUGAAGAAUGACAAGCUCAACACAAAACUUGGAAUCUACUCAGAAAAUUGUGGACUUGAAAAUGUGACAAUGUCGUGGGGUCACGAUGAAUAUCUAUAUCGUGUCCUGAAAGCUAAUGGAUGCACACUGCCGGAGGAAGGGCUGAACAUCAUUCGCUUUCAUUCCUUCUACCCUUGGCAUUCAUGCGGAGCGUACAGGCAUCUAUGCAACAACAAGGACAUGGAAAUGAUAAAAUGGGUGAACGAAUUUAACCAGUUUGAUCUCUACUCAAAGUCACCAGAUAUGCCUGAUGUUGAAAGUAUUCUGCCCUAUUACAAUGAACUUGUCGAGAAGUUUUGCCCAGGUAAAUUGCGGUGGUGAAAGGACGAUGAACUUUGAACUGUGGCCGAAGGAUUCAACUUGGCGAAUAAUUUAUAUAUUCACGAAGUGAUCGAUGCAUUGGCUCAGGGUAUUAUAAGUUCUUGUAACAACUAUUGUUAUUGAUUAAUACGACACCUUACAGCAGUGUAUAAUAGUUGCAACAGUUUGGUAAUGUGUGAGGGUCUGGAGG